CGCACCUGGACAAGUUCUUCACGCUGGUGUAUGUUCUGGAGGAGUACUCUUUCCCCUUCAGACUGAAGGAUGUGAUCAUCACAGAGUCCAAUGUGGAGGCGGAGCUGAAGGCUAGCAUGGCGGCUCAAGGAGCACUGCUGGACACCUGUGUUCGCUUUCUGCAUCAGCUGAUGAGCAAACUCAUAUUACUGAUCGUGCACCCACCUGUCAUAGCAGGACAGAUCGUAAAUCUUGGCCGUGCUGCGUUUGAAGCCAUGGCCCUGCUGGUAAACCAGAUCCAUAAGAACUUGGAAGGAAACCAGGACCAUCAUGGCCGCAACAAUCUGCUGUCCUCCUACAUCCACUACGGCUUCCAUCUGCCCACAACAGAGCCUCUGUCUCCCCCUGCUGUGGGAGGUGCAUCAUAUGAUCUGCCCAUACACUAUGCCACGCUUUCUAGGGCCACGUCAAGACCCAGUGCCCUGCUGCUGUCCCGCUCCAAGAGCAUUAGUAACUCUAACCCUGACCUGGCCUCUACCCCCGCCACCCCUGAUGAGGAGGUGCAGAGGAUCAUCGGCAGCAAGGGAAUAGACCGCUCUCAUUCCUGGGUAAACUCUGCUUACGCUCCAGGGGGCUCGAGGGCCGUUCUCCGCCGGAACCCCAACUCCAGCUGUGAGCUCAAGCAGGCCAGUGAGCGAGCCUGUAACCGCAUGUCCGCCUACAUCGAGACUGCCUCCCUUCUCUGUCCUCCCUCCAGGCAGAUCGCCAAGAAGCUGCUUCAUGAAGAGUUGGCUCUGCAGUGGGUGGUGAGCACCAGCACCGUGAGGGAGGCGUCUCUGCAGCAGGCCUGGUUCUUCUUCCAGCUCAUGGUGAAGAGCAUGUCCCAUCAUCUAUUCCUGUCCUCACGCCUGGACAUGCCCCGACGCCAGCGUUUUCCAGACCGAUUUGUUGAUGACAUUGCAGCCUUAGUGUGUGCCAUCAGUGCAGACAUAGCCAGCAGAUAUCACAAGGAUGUGGAGCUAAUGGAGAGGUUAAACAGCAGUUUGGCCUUUUUCCUCAAUGACCUGCUGUCUCUCAUGGAUAGAGGCUUUGUUUUCAACCUUGUCCGCUCUUAUUAUAAACAGAUUAAUAAUAAGCUGCACACAGCGCAGAACCCCAGCUCUCUAACAGCACUGAGGAUGGACUUCAUACGGAUCGUCUGCAGUCACGAGCAUUACGUCAUCCUGAACCUGCCCUGUGCCACUCUCAGUCCUCCAGCGUCCCCUUCACCCUCCACAUCUUCCACCACCUCUCAGAGCUCUGCAUUCUCCAGUCAUGUUCAGGAUCAAGGUGUCGUCAGCAUGUUUGAGCUGUCAGUGCCGUUCCGCCAGCAGCACUUUCUCUCAGGCCUGUUGUUAGCUGAACUGUCACUCAUCCUGGAGCCGGACGGAGAGGGUGUAUUCUUCCUCCACAAGAAGGCCAUCAGUGCGCUUCACUCUCUGCUGUGCAGUCACGAUGCAGACCCCCGAUACACAGACCCUCAGGUCCGCUCGCACGUGGCUCAGCUCUACCUGCCCCUCAUCCCUAUCAUCAUGGAGACACUGCCUCAGCUGCACGACUUCACCGACACGUCUCCACAGCGGAUGCGUCACGCCUCAGCGCUCGCCGAUGAUAACGACCCAGACAACGGAACCAUCAGCCAGUCUGUUGCCAUGGCAAUCGCUGGCUCACCGCUGCCCCACUCCAAAGCCAAUCCCUUCGCUCUGCCAUCAGUGGCGGGCCGCCAGUGUGGUGUCCUCUCAGCAGAGUGCAGCAGGACGCUACUGGUGUGUUUUCUGUGGGUCUGGAAGAAUGCUGAUGCAGGACUGCUGGAGCGAUGGGUUUCAGACCUGUCUGUGCCACAGAUCAACCGUCUGCUGGAUCUGCUCCACCUCUGUCUGUCCUGUUUUGAAUACAAGGGAAAGAAGGCUCUGGAGAGGAUCAACAGUCUGACCUUUAAGAAGUCUCAGGACAUGAAGGCCCGUCUGGAGGAGGCCAUACUGGGCACUAUUGGAGCGAGACAGGAGAUGGUCCGCCGCUGCAGAGAGCGCAGUCCAUAUGGAGGACAGGAAAAUGUGCGCUGGAGGAAGAACGUCACUCACUGGAGGCAGAACGCAGAACGAGUGGACAAAACGAAGGCUGAGGUGGAGCAGGAGUCGGUGGUGGAUGGAAACUUGGCGACAGAAGCUGCUCUCAUAGCCCUUGACACACUGGAGAUCAUUGUCAAAACGGUGGUGAUGUCUGAGCUGAAGGAGAGUGUUUUGGGUGGAGUGUUGAGGGUCCUCCUUCACAGUAUGGCAGGAAACCAGAGCGCCCUCUUCCUGCAGCACUGCUUCAGUACACAGAGAGCUUUAGUCUACAAGUUUCCAGAGAUGUUGUUUGAGGAGGACACUGAGCUGUGUGCGGAUCUGUGUUUGCGGUUACUGCGUCACUGCAGCAGCAGCGUGAGCUCUGUCCGCAGCCACGCCAGCGCCUCACUCUACCUGCUCAUGAGACAGAACUUCGAGAUUGGAAAUAACUUUGCACGCGUGAAGAUGCAGGUCACCAUGUCUCUGUCUUCACUCGUGGGAACCUCUCAAACCUUCAAUGAAGAACAUUUGCGGCGUUCCUUGAAAACUAUUCUGACGUAUGCCGAGGAUGACCUGGAGCUCAGAGAUUCCACCUUCCCUGAGCAGGUCCAGGAUCUGGUCUUUAAUCUCCACAUGAUCCUCACUGACACUGUGAAGAUGAAGGAGCACCAGCAGGACCCUGAGAUGCUCAUCGAUCUCAUGUACAGGAUUGCUAAAGGCUAUCAGAACUCUCCAGACCUGAGACUUACCUGGCUGCAGAACAUGGCAGGGAAGCACUCGGAGAGAGGCAAUCAUGCAGAGGCAGCUCACUGUCUGGUGCACAGCGCCGCCCUGGUGGCUGAGUACCUCAACAUGCUUGAAGACUGUCGCUACCUCCCUAUCGGCUGUGUCUCCUUCCAGAGUAUUUCGUCGAACGUUCUGGAGGAGUCUGCGGUGUCUGAUGACAUUUUGUCCCCGGAGGAGGAGGGCAUCUGUUCAGGAAAAUACUUCAGUGAGUCUGGCCUCGUGGGACUGCUGGAGCAGGCAGCUGCCUCGUUUAACAUGGCUGCAAUGUACGAGGCCAUAAAUGAGGUUUAUAAGAUUCUCUGUCCCAUUCAUGAGGCCAACAGAGACUUUAAGAAGCUGGCCUCAGUGCAUGGCAAACUGCAGGAUGCAUUUAACAAAGUGUACAAUCAGAGCUCCGGAUGGGAGAGGAUGUUCGGCACCUACUUUCGUGUGGGCUUCUAUGGGUGCCGCUUUGGAGAUCUAGAUGAGCAGGAGUUUGUCUAUAAAGAGCCGUCCAUCACUAAACUGGCCGAGAUCUCACAUAGACUGGAGGAGUUUUACUCUGAAAGAUUUGGUGAUGAAGUGGUGGCGAUUAUCAAAGACUCCAAUCCUGUUGACAAGAACAAACUGGACCCCAAUAAGGCGUAUCUUCAGAUCACAUACGUGGAGCCUUUCUUCGACACCUACGAGCUGAAGGAGCGCAUCACGUACUUUGACAAGAACUACAACCUGCGCACCUUCAUGUACUGUACGCCAUUCACGCUGGACGGUCGGGCUCAUGGAGACCUGCACGAGCAGUACAAGCGCAAAACCAUCCUCACCACCUCACACGCUUUUCCCUACAUCAAGACCCGCAUCAACGUCAUCCACAAAGAGGAGAUUAUUCUGAUGCCAAUGGAGGUGGCCAUCGAGGACAUGCAAAAGAAAACUCAGGAACUGGCCUUUGCCACCCAUCAGGACCCUGCUGACCCAAAGAUGCUCCAGAUGGUGCUGCAGGGUUGUGUUGGCACUACUGUGAAUCAGGGUCCGCUGGAGGUGGCUCAGGUUUUCCUGUCUGAAAUCCCAGAAGACCCCAAACUCUUCCGGCAUCACAAUAAACUGCGCCUCUGCUUCAAGGACUUCACUAAAAGGUGUGAAGAUGCUCUGAGGAAGAACAAGUCUCUAAUCGGACCAGAUCAGAAAGAGUACCAUCGAGAGCUUGAGAGGAACUACACCAAACUGAGAGAGGCUCUGUUUCCCCUCAUCAACCGCAAGAUCCCGCAGCUCUACAGACCUCUGCCUCUACCCACCCUGCCAACACAGAGGAAUUCUCUCAGCCGCUCCAGUUUUCGGCGGCUGGAUUGUUGAGGUGUAGCCGAUCUGGACACAAAACCACAUAUGAUCUCCAUGUCCAUCAUCAGACCAACACAAAAAACCCCACGUCACAUUCCUGCAUCAGACACGGGCCCUUUUGGGCCUCCGUCUGUUUACACUCAGCUUUAUCUGCUGUAAACACGCUCAUUAUGAGCAUCAGCAGACAAAACUGCAGCUUCUUGCUCAACACUGGAGGUAAUUCUAGCAUUUCACCGGCACAGAUGCUCCUCCACACUUCCAGCUUUUGUUUGUUUGUGCUUGUCUAUCUUGUCUUGUGUGAGAAAGCGGACGAACCAAGUCCGUCCAGAUGUUCCUGUAAAUGUUCUGCCAUGUAAAAAAACUUGCACUGCUGUUUGAUUUAUGACUGGAUUAAAGCAUUUGUGUCUUUUUCAAGACAAAUCACUGAGCCUAGAGACUCAGGUUUAAUCUUCCGUUUCAUUUGCAGAAAGUGUUUUUAAAAGCAAUUCUGCAGUGAAACACAGGACUGAUUUCAAGAGUGUAGAGCAUGAGUUAACAGUUUGAUGUCAGUGCGAUUUGUUUUGUGUUUUUAAAAGAAGUCUCACCAAGGCUGUGUUUAUUUGCUCACAAAUGCAGUAACAAAACUGAAAUAUUAUACAAAUAUUAAAUUAACUUAUUGAAUGUUGUUUUUUCUUGUGAUUUAGGGCUAAUUAACUAGCUAUUAGUUGUAUUACUCCAGUGUUAAGUGUUUCAUGACUCUUGAGAAAUCAGUCUGUAACAAUCAAGAAAAAGAUUAUUAUUAUUAAUUAAUUAAUUAUUAAAAAUGUCUUUAUUAACAUAUUUAAUUGUUCAGUUAUAAUGUGAAAUUACUGAACCUACAGACAGAAGCCUGAAAAGAGACCUUUAUUUCAAAUAAAUUGUGUUAUUUAAAACUUUCUAAAAGUAUAAAUAAGUGAAAAUAAAUGUAAUGUGAAAUACAAAAAGUAAAAUGUAUCAAGUUUUCCACAAAAACUAUGAAAUGUGGACAAAAAUGUAUACAGUACAUUGAUAAUUGUAAGAAUCACUGUUAAUGUUUGAGUAUCACUAAUAAUUGAACAUCAAAUCAUCACAUCAUAGUGAUUUCUGAAGGAUCAAGUGAAACACUGGUGACUGGAGUAAUGAGGCUGAAAAAUUCAUCUAAAGCUACAUUCAAAAAAGAAACCAGUUACUUUAAAAUGUAGUCAUUUUUGACAAUUGUACAGUGUUACUGUAUUUAUGAUCAAAUAAAUACAGUCUUAGGGAAUAAAUAUGCUUUAUGAAAACAUCAAAAGAAAUCUGACUGAUCUCAAACUUUUGACUGAUUAAGUUUUUGGAUGUGUAUCCAUUUAGAAGGCAUUACUAUAGUAAAUAACUGGAAAACGUCCUACAUCGCACUAACAAAAAGAGCACACUAACAUUUCUGCACUGACUGACAUGAGUUUUCACCAAAUCCUACUUUCUGGCACGUUUUGCUGUUUGUGUUUUUGUAAAUGCACAGCGAUGUGAUGUAUACUGUACACUAAAUGCACAAGUAUGUGAACUGGAAUAAGGAGAGUGAUUUAAAUAUUGCCAUUUUUUUUUUAUUUAAAUGAAAUAGUCUUAAUAUGUAGGAUCCUGUCCUGAAUUAGCAAAACUUAGCACCUAGUUGACUGCUGUAUUAUCCGUCCUGCACUACUUUAAUGUUUGUAUGACCUCUCUACUGCCUGUCUCCACACUAUACUGUGCAGAUUGCUGACCUAAAUACUGUAUUUUUAAUAACCAAAUAGAUUUUUUUAUUUAUUUGUAUCUUUGUCUUUUUUUUUUCUUUUCCAGUUUUACUUUUUAUAUUAAAAUAAAUUUCUCCUGAAUAUUUCUGUA